AUGGACAAAACCCCUAUGCUCCCCGAGCAGAUGACUAUCCCUUGGGCCCCCCCUCCACGGCCUGGAUUCAUUUUCAGCGGGGCCAAUAUCAUCGACCCUGUCAAAGGCACCGUGCUAGAGAACGCAACAGUCUAUCUCCGUGAUGGUAUCGUCAAAUCUAUCAAUGGCGAUGCCACAGAAUGGAGCGACGAUCCGUCGGCUGUGAAGAUGGAUUUACGCGGAAAGUUUGUUUGCCCUGGCUUGAUAGACUGCCAUGUACAUCUCGCGGCAGUUCCCGGAAUGAAGACUGUUGAGGAACUGAAGAAUAUGAGCCUUUCAGUCUCGCUCCUACGCCAGCCACAAGUCUGCAAGAAUAUGUUGGAAAGGGGCUUUACAACUGUGAGGGACUGUGGUGGUGCUUUGACCCCUCUUAAGCUUGCUAUUCAGGACUAUGUUCAUCCAGGACCAAGGUUGUUCAUCGCUGGGCAUGCAUUAUCUCAAACAGGCGGCCACGGAGACAUACGAGAACAACUAAACGAACAUGAGUGCUGUGGCGGAACUAUCCAAGGGAUUGGCCGAAUCAUUGAUGGUGUGCCAGACUGCCUGAAAUAUACCAGAGAGGAGCUUCGCCAGGGUGUCGACUUCAUCAAGAUCAUGGGUGGUGGCGGUGUGGCCAGUCCAACGGAUAAGAUCGAGCAUGUCCAGUUUUCAGAUGAAGAGAUUAAGGCUAUUGUGACGGUCGCGUCUAAUGCAGGCACAUACGUGACCUCUCAUGCCUACACACCCCAGGCAAUCCGACAGGCAGUCAAUCAGGGAGUUCUGGCCAUUGAGCAUGGGAAUCUCAUCGAUAAAGAAACCGCUGAUCUCAUGGCUGCCAGAGGAGUCUUUCUGACCCCCACGCUUGUUGCUUAUGCAACAAUGGCAAAGUUUGAAGGCUUUCUUCCCCCUGAUUCGGCCAAGAAGAACAGGGAGGUAUUGGAGAAGGGAUUGCAGGCCAUCAAGAUUGCUGCCGAAGCUGGAGUAACCAUAUGUUUCGGAAGUGACCUCCUCGGGGGAUUGCACUUUGCGCAGUCCCACGAGUUCGGCCUCCGAUCUCAAGUUCAGAGUUCGCUUGAAGUUCUGCGCAGUGCGACUAUCAAUGCUGCUCGAUUGCUAAGGCAGGAAACGUUCUUGGGUCAGGUCGCCCCUGGUUUUGCUGCUGAUCUUCUGAUCUUGAAUGCAAAUCCAUUGGACGACAUUACUGUUCUGGAUACACCCGAAAAGCAUGUAUUGGCAACAAUCAAAGACGGACGAGUCCACGCAUCCAGAUGGUCGGAACUGGAAACGUACUUCAACCGACCUAAGAACAUUGCUUAG